AUGCCUCCCGUGGGCGCUCUGAGCACCUUCUUGGGCCCAGGCCGCUGGAAGCCGCGCCUGCGCCGGGCGCCGCGGCCGGACGUGCGGGCGCUCGGCCGGCGUGCCUCGCCAUUGGCCGGCCGCCGGUGCACGUUCAGGUUCCCGAGCACAAACAUCAAGAUCACGUUCACUGCCCUGUCCAGUGAGAAGAGAGAGAAGCAGGAGGCCCCCGAAUCCCCGGUGAAGCCUGUGCAGGCCCACAUCUCACCCCUGACCAUCAACAUUCCAGACACCAUGGCCCACCUCAUCAGUCCCCUUCCCUCCCCCACGGGAACCAUCAGUGCUGCAAACUCCUGCCCAUCCAGCCCGCGGGGAGCAGGGUCUUCGGGGUACAAAAUGGGCCGUGUGAUACCAGCUGACCUCAAUUUAAUGGCCGACAACUCACAGCCAGAGAAUGAAAAGGAAGCUUCUGGUGGAGACAGCCCAAAGGAUGAUUCAAAGCCUCCUUAUUCCUAUGCACAAUUAAUCGUACAAGCAAUUACGAUGGCUCCUGAUAAGCAGCUUACUCUAAAUGGAAUUUAUACUCACAUCACUAAAAAUUAUCCAUACUACAGGACAGCGGACAAGGGCUGGCAGAAUUCAAUUCGCCACAAUCUCUCUCUGAAUCGUUAUUUCAUCAAAGUACCACGUUCCCAGGAAGAACCAGGCAAAGGCUCAUUCUGGAGGAUAGAUCCUGCCUCUGAAAGCAAAUUAAUAGAGCAGGCUUUUAGGAAAAGACGGCCUAGGGGCGUGCCUUGCUUUAGAACCCCUCUGGGACCGCUCUCCUCUAGAAGUGCCCCAGCCUCUCCCAAUCACGCUGGAGUGCUCUCUGCUCACUCCAGUGGUGCCCAGACUCCCGAGAGCCUGUCGAGGGAAGGUUCACCAGCCCCCCUGGAGCCUGAGCCCAGCGCCUCACAGCCCAAACUGGCCGUCAUCCAGGAGGCACGGUUUGCCCAGAGUGCACCAGGCUCGCCUCUGUCUAGUCAGCCCGUUUUAAUUGCCGUGCAGCGGCAGCUGCCGCCAACGAUCAAGCCUGUCACCUACACAGUCGCUGCUCCCGUGACCACUUCGACCUCCCAGCAGCCUGUCGUGCAGACAGUGCACGUCGUCCACCAGAUCCCUGCGGUGUCCGUCACCAGCGUGGCCGGCCUGGCCCCAGCGAGCACGUACACUGUCGCCGGCCAGGCUGUGGUCACUCAGGCGGCCAUGCUGGCCCCUCCUAAGGCAGAGCCACAAGAGAAUGGAGAUCACAAAGAAGUAAAAGUGAAAGUGGAACCUAUUCCUGCGAUUAGCCAUGCCACACUGGGCGCUGCUAGCCGGAUCAUUCAGACGCCACAGACCACCCCAGUCCAGACGGUUACCAUAGUGCAGCAGGCACCUCUAGGUCAGCAUCAGCUACCAAUAAAAACUGUAACGCAAAACGGGACUCACGUGGUGCCAAUCCCUGCCGCCGUCCAUGGCCAGGUGAACAAUGCAGUGGCGAGUCCUCUGCACAUGUUGGCAACACAUGCCUCGGCGUCGGCCUCCCUGCCCACAAAGCGCCAGAAUGGCGACCAAACGGAGCAGCCAGAGCUGAAGCGGGUCAAGACGGAAGACGGCGAGAGCAUCGUCAUCGCCCUGAGUGUGGACACGCCGCCGGCAGCCGGCAGGGAGAAAGGUGUCCAAAACUAGCGACUGGGACAGCUUUUCUUACUUAGUAUCAACUCUGUGGUGCCAAAAGGAGACACUGCCACUCACCGACGCUCGGAGCGCGUUGUCUCGGUGGGUAGAGGGCCCUGCGGUUGGACUUCACCUCAGCACUGAAAACACAAAACCCAGGUGGCCUUAAAACUCCUAAAAGACAGAAGUCACACCUGAACAAAACCACAUGCAACAAAACCUGGUUCCGGCAGUGUCUCCCCACCCCGCGCUCAGCUUGUCACUCCAGAGCGGAGCUGCUGGGACAGGGCGGGGACUGUCCCCGCCGCCCUCCCAGGACCCUUGGGGCUGGCACUGGUAGAUGAGACAGUAUUUUGUUGUUCACAUGUGGAAUUAGAAUAUUUUGAGGUGUACUUUCUUUACAAAAUAACGGGGUCUUUGACAUUUCCGAUCGCUCCAUUUCUACUCUGGAAAUUUUGGAAUCACACAGGACCUUUCGUGUUGAUUUCAUUUGGGGAAAAGAAACAAUGUAGUUUUGUUUUUGUUGUUUGUUUUCAGCCUAUGGAAUGAUUUCCUUUUGUCUGUCCUGUUAACGUUCAGAUGGAGCUACUUGAUGACAUCUGCAGGUUUUCCGUGUUAGAGCAGGUGCCUGAUGCAUCUAGGACGGACGGACAGACUGGACAGAUGGAUGCCCAUGCUGGGCCGCAUGUUAACCAUGACUGAAAGAACUGCUGGACUCGUGGAGCUGCACUUAACUGGGUCUCUUUCCUGCUACUUUUUGUUGUUUGUUCCUUUGUGUUGACUUUGUCCCUUGCAUAAUUUUCCACUCUAAGUAAAACAAACCUCCUAAGUGUUGUGUGUGUUUAAAACAACAGAACUGUUCCUACUUCAUUUGGAAAAAAGAUUCGGUCUUAUACCACACACCCUUUUCAGACAAGUGUCACAGGUCUCUCCGUGGCAUGUUCGCUAGUCACUGUCACCGGUUCUAGGCACAGAGCCGUCGUCCAACCAGCUGUCCACCUGAUGACGCUGCGGUUUGCCUGGCUCGUGGGGAGCAGUUGCUGGGGUGGCUCAGAAGCUGCGUGUUAACACAAGGGUCUUGGAAACAUCCAGGUCCUUCUCUGGUUUGUAACAGGAAAUCCCCCUCAGCCUCUCAGAACUGAAGCAGGCCUGAAGCUGACUUCUCUCCUACAAAAAACAAAAGUGAGACGAAAGGAAACAAAGGUGAGACCGUGAGCAGUAGGGGCCCCACCCGGCCUCAGUCACACUGCCCCAGAAGAAAACCGCUGGCCUUUUCUGGAGUGUUCCAGGGGUGAGGGCUUUGGCCUUGUUGUGAACUUUUAAAUGUCAUCAUCAUCAUCAUGUUAUUUAUUUAAAUGUAGUUAUUUUGGUAUUUAAUUUUUUUUAAAGAGAGGAAAAAAACCCUGUAUUUUCCUGGUGGAAUGAAACGGCUCAGAAUGGUAUAUUUAGGCAAUUUUAAAACAUUUAUUAUUUACCUGCAGACCAAAUAUGAUAAAUCUGUUCUAAGUAUUGUGUGUCAACCCACAGUAUGGAGCUGUCACAAUGUUAUCGCAGAUAAUGCAUAUUAAAAAUUAUGAAAUUACUGCACACUAGCUGGAUUUAUAACUCAGCCAUUUAAAAAAUAAAAACAAAACCAUCAUGUGAACGAUACCACGUGUGUGACAGUAACAGAAUCUAAGCUGCAAGCUGAAGCAUGGAUGGAUUGGAGCACCUCAGGGCGGCAGUCUGCAUCUUCCAGGCACUUUACAGAUACCUUGGAAUGUAUAUUUUUGUCUUUUUACUCAGAAGGUUUGCAAUUUGCAAGAUAACUUGGAUUGCAUUGUGUCUUAUGUAGGGUCAGGUCGCUCCACUGAGUGGUCCAGACCUGCCAUUCAUGGCUACUGUAGGCCCUGCCUGAGCUCUGGACAGUGGUCA